UUAACUGUGUGGUCCUCAGACAGCAGACACAUCCUCAGUGUGGGCUCCGACUCCUGCAUGAAGGUGACGGAUGUGCAGACGGGUAUGGUCAUCUCCUCCGUGAAGGCAGAGGAGGAGCAGAGGUGUUUCUGCUGGGACGGGAGCUCAGUGCUGUGUGGGGGUCAGUCCGGUGACCUCAUUCUGUGGGACUUGCUGAGCAACACUGUGACCACAAAGAUCCCCGCUCACUCAGGUGCCAUCAGAGCCAUGUGGAUGAACGAGCUGUGCAACACCGUGAUCACAGGAGGAGAGGACAGACGGAUCCUCUUCUGGAAACUCCACAGCUGAAAACUAACGUCGCCUUUACCGAGCUUCCAGCUGGAGAGGCAAUAGAGUGCAAUAGAUGUGACGACGCAGGCCACACAUCCAACCAUCCACACAAGCAAGGGACUCUGCAGUGGAGACGCAGUGAAAAGUAGAAUUUGUUCAUGUUCGGUAGAAAACGGCCUCUAGACUGUUUUCUCUGGUAUUUAACGUCGUAGA